AUGCCAGUCGCCGUAGAACAGCCUUUCAGCGAGAUCCCGACUCUCGACUGGUCCCUCAUCAGCUCCCAAAGCCCGGCUGACCUCGAACGAUUCCUAGCCGACCUCCGGCACGCCCUCGUGAACGUGGGAUUCAUGUACCUCUCUCAUUCGCCUGUCCCCCAGCCCUUGGUGGACGAGCUCAUAGACUAUAUCCCCCAGCUGUUCGCCCUCCCACUAGAAGAGAAGAAAAAGAUAAGCAUGCUCAACUCGCCGCAUUUCCUCGGAUACAGCGUGCAGGGCGCAGAGUUCACCAAAGGGGCGAGGGAUAAUCGCGAGCAGUUCGAUUUCGCUACGGCGUACGUCUGCCCGUGGAAGGAGGGCGACCCGGACUGGCAGAGACUGUGGGGUGCGCCUCAAUACCCGCCCGACUCGGUCCUCCCAGGAUUUCGCAAGACAGUGCUGUCCUACCUCUCGCACCUGCAGAAACUCAGCAUGGACUUCAUCCGCCUUAUGGAACUUGCGCUGCUUAUCCCUCCCGGCCAGCUUACCCAGUUUUACGACACAGACGAGCACAUGCAGCAUCGAUCCAAAGUCGUCAAGUACCCUUCGGCGGAGUUCUUGAGGUCUGAGGAUGGGGAUCAGGGCGUGGGGCCGCACUAUGAUGCUGGGUUUUUUACUUUUGUGCGUUUACUGCAAGCCUCUCCUCAGCCCGGGUUGCAAGUCCAGAAUCGCGCUGGGCAGUGGAUCCCCGCUCCGCCCGUGCCAGGGACGUUCGUGGUCAAUAUUGGCAAAGCGCUCGAGACUGUCACGCAGAAAGUGGCGAUCGCGACCACGCACAGGGUUGUGAGUCCGGCCAAGGGGGAGGGGGCGAGAUAUAGCGUGCCGUUCUUUCAGAGUAUCGCGCUAAGCGCUCGGGUCGGAGGGGCGAAGAUACAAAUACCAAAGGAGAUAUUGGACCUCAAGAGAGCAAGAGGAGAUGAGGUCGUUACAGACUCUGUGAACUUCUCGGAGUACGAACGGGAGGUGUCGGGUCAUGUCCAGCUCAUCGGGCGUAUAAAGAGCCAUCCAGAUGUCGGCCAGAAGUGGUACCCGCACAUGUACGCGGAGAUCUUCCCACACGGGGCGCCGGCUUUCGGGAGUGUGUACUGA